GGGGGGGGUUUUGAGGGGUUCGAACCCCCCCCCGAAAUGUUGAAAAAAUUGCAAAAUUAACGGGAAAAUAAAAAUAUAAAUUUCAUGUUCAUUCAAAAAUGGCGCCAUGCUCAUAGUUCUGGCAGAUACCACGAGAGCGCCACUUACAAAAUGAGUAACUAUAUUGACAUAUUGAUAACCUAUAAAAUAAUGUAACGUUUAUUUACGACCUGCCCAACCAAAAUGUCUAAUGCAAAGAUAACAUCAUUUUUCAAACCAAAAAAUGCGCCAAUUUUGGACCCUAAUAUUCCAAAUACUUCAUUUCCCGAACAAGUUCAAAAUGAAAAUGAAAAGGCCAUGAAAAACACUGCGAAAAGACCAAGAUUAGAGGAUUCAGAUUCUUUAGAUCCAGCACGUCACGCACAGAGCGAUGGAGUAGCAAAAAGAGUGAGAAUAAAGCAUAUUAAUAAUUUGUACAUUCGAAACACUCCAGCCUUAAUUAUUCACUUUUGAGGGUUGCAGUUAAAUGAACGUAAUAAAUGAAUUUGAUAAAUCUGAAAUCAAUACCGAAUAAAAAAACAACGGGGAUAAAAAUAAAGAAAAACAUUUAAAUUGAUAUUUAAAAAAAUAAAAUGAAUAUGGAAUGAUGUUGUAACAAGUAGAAUAUGAAUAAAAAUCAUAGAAUGUGCAAAAAUAAUCAUCUAAAAGUUCUCCUGCUUCGCAAAAGAACUUUUGGGAGAAAUUGCGAUGCAAUUUUUCAGUUGACAAUUGACAGCGUUGACUGUGCUGAAACCUAUCUUCAGCUUGACGAAAAAUCUUAGCCUGUUCCUCCAACAGGAAGACUGCGAUUUGAGCCAAUGCGUCAGUUACGCGAACGAUGUGCACCAACAAAUCAAGCAAAUGCGAGUACAAGCUACAGAAAAAUUCUGCGAAAUCUUUAUUUUAGCGACUGAAGCUGCAGAAACCAUUGAUGCUGAGCUGACUGUUCCUCGACGAGUAGGACGUCAGAAAAAUCGGGACAACUACGAAGGGAGUAUUGAAGAUUACUAUCGUCGAUCAAUUUACAUUCCGUUCUUGGACAAAUACUCAGAACAGCUCGAGUCGAGAUUUUUGGAACAUAGGAAUAUUCUCUCCAGGAUACAAAACAUCAUUCCGGAGAAAUGUGCGGACAUUGAUGUGUCUGAAUUACACGAUACUGUUCAAGCCUUGAAAGAAGAAUGGCCAAAUGACAUCCCUGUAUUCACCGAAGAAUUCGAAGCAGAAAUUGAGUUGUGGAAAAGAAAAUGUUAAAAUCUUUCCAAAGAGAAGCCCAUAAAAACAUUCAUCGAAGCUUUGGACGUUUGCGAUGAAACAUUCUAUCCAACGGUAUACCGAUUUCUUCAGAUCGGUGCAACACUGCCAGUAACAGUGACUUCGAGCGAACGGUCGUUCUCUACACUACGAAGAUUGAAGACAUAUUUACGCAAUAAGACUGGAGAGCAAAGAUUGAAUGGAUUGGUGCUUCUGAACAUUCACCGGGAUCUGGAAGUAACCUCUGACGCAAUAUUGAGUAUAAUGGCCCAAAAACCAAGAAAGAUCGAUAUUACAUUGUGAAAUAUUCAUGAAUAAAUUAUAAAUAUUCACA